AGGCUUGAGACAAAAGGGGGGAGGCGUGGGGGGAACAUCCGGGUCAUUUGCCGCCGCCGUCGCCGCCUCAAUCCGGGACACGCGCAACUGCUGAGGAGGCCGCUGCCGCUGCUGCCGCUACACGCUGUUUAUCUUGCAGAAGGACACCCUGAGGAUGUCUGGGAUCGCGCUUAGCAGAUUGGCACAGGAGAGGAAAGCCUGGAGAAAGGACCAUCCUUUUGGCUUUGUAGCAGUACCAACAAAAAAUCCAGAUGGCACAAUGAACCUCAUGAAUUGGGAAUGUGCUAUUCCAGGGAAGAAAGGGACACCGUGGGAAGGUGGCUUAUUUAAAUUACGGAUGCUUUUCAAGGAUGAUUACCCUUCCUCACCCCCAAAAUGCAAGUUUGAGCCACCUUUAUUCCACCCAAAUGUGUAUCCUUCAGGCACAGUGUGUCUGUCCAUCCUAGAAGAGGAUAAGGAUUGGAGGCCUGCAAUCACAAUUAAACAGAUCUUGUUAGGAAUUCAGGAACUCCUAAAUGAACCAAAUAUUCAAGACCCAGCUCAAGCAGAGGCUUACACAAUCUACUGAUGGCUCCAUGAGCUUUCCUCAGAUACCCAGACCCAAAUGUGCUUAGCUUCAGCAAGGUGGCUGCCUUGUGUAUGGUACAACUAUGUCCUGGAGGCAAUGCUAUUCAGCAUCCACUGGUGAUCCAUAUGGAAGACAUCCCACUGUGCCAGUUUUUCAUUUGACACCAGCAGGUUGGUGUGUGCUUGGAUAAGACAAAAGGUGGCAGACCUCGUGCAUGGAUGGUGUUCAGCCUGUUGCACCUCGCCCUAAAGAAUCAGGUUUGUAAUCUCAAACCUUUGAGAUUUGAGAAAAAACUUUGUAAUUUCAAAGUAUGAAGCACCACUGUAUUCUAAACUCACAUGCUAAUUCAAAUAUAACUUUUCCUCUAGUGAACAAAGGAAGACCAGUGUUACUUCCCUCCCUUCCUUGAAAAGUGAGAAUAAUCUUGGUGUUUCUUCAGACUGCUUAGGAAGGUGAGCUAGGGUCAAAAAUGGCUUCCUGCUUGGUAGUUUUACCAUUUCUUAUAUCCUAAAUGUCAGUUCCUCUCUGUGCUAGCAUUAAAUUUCACAAAUACUGUUGUCCAUUGCUACCAUAGUUUCUUAAAAGUACAGAUGAGCAAUUUGUGGCUCUUUGGAGGGCCAAUUCCAAUUGGAUAUGGUGGAGUAGGGCUGCAGGAGUUGAAGGCCAAAACAUCUGUUGAACAAGACAUAACCAGAGAGGAAAAAGGAUGUAUGUCCCAUCUGCACUGACCAGAGCAUUCAUUGCCAGCUACCCACUCACAAGCUCUCUGAGACAUAAAGACAACAUAAUUAAGAAAUGAAAAUAGUAACUUCCAAGAAGCCGAAUAUGGCCCAAUUUCAUGGAGCCCAUAACUUCCAAUUGAGAAAUGAAGACCAACUUCACAGGUGUAGAAACUCAUCCCA